UGCUUCAGUCCGGAUGAUAAACUGCUGCUGACGGGAACCUCGGUCAAGAAGGACGAAGGCAACGGGAAGCUGCUGUUCUUUGAGCGGGAAUCUCUGCAGAAGGUCUAUGAGAUUGAAGUCGCCGAUGCGGACACACACUUCUGUGUUGCUCUCAUGAGCGUCGUCCGCUGUCUUUGGCAUCCCAAGGUGAAUCAGAUCAUGGUUGGGACGGGGACCGGCCUGGCGAAGGUCUACUACGGCCCGGUCAAGUGUCAGAGAGGUGCGAUGUUGUGUGUGGUCAGGAGCAAGAGGAAGGAGAAACACGCCGAGACGCUGACACAAGAUUACAUCAUCACCCCUCACGCUCUGCCCAUGUUUCGUGAGGCCCGGCAGCGUAGCACUAGGAAGCAGCUGGAGAAGGACCGACUGGACCCGGUCAAAUCCCACAAACCCAAGUUGCCUGUGUCCGGACCAGGUCGAGGUGGUCGUGUGGCGGCCCACGGCGGGAUGCUGUCCUCCUUCAUCGUCAAAAACAUCGCCCUGGACAAAACCGACGACAGCAACCCGCGAGAGGCCAUCCUGUGUCACGCCAGAGAUGCCGCUGAGAACCCGUACUGGGUCGCCCCGGCCUAUAAACAGACGCAGCCCGAGCCGCUGUUUGCCGAGGACGAGGAAGAGGAGGCCGAAGAAGAUCAGCCAGAAUGGAAGAAACGCAGGAUCUGAGGAGAUUUCCUCUUCACUUUUGACUCUGAGUUUGUGGAGUUCAGAGGAAUGAGUCUCUUCCAUCGGGAUUCUCCCACACGCUUUCCAAACCUUGUGGAAGUGGACAGUUUUACGUCUGAAUCUGAGCAGAA